AUGCCUCGUCCCCGUGCAUCCACAGAGAACCAGCUGUUGGCGUUGGAGUUCGCGCAGAUGGUCACAACAAAGGAGGGAGCUAGCUCACGUUCUUUUAUCGCUCGACAUGGUGCUAGUGGCCCCUUUGGUGCUCUCAGUCGAUGCGUUCCGGCAGUGGUAAGGCGAGGCGGAGAGUACACAGCAAACAGAAAAGCCAUCAGCGAAGCAGAGAUGCUUCGAGCUCUGGAGAAAUCGGGGUCCUUUGAGAGAUUUCGUAACAGGAAGGCUGUACGCAUCUCUGAAGACCCCACAGGUGCUGGCAUGUGCAUGUUUCGCGGCCGCAGAUGGAGAAACCCAGAUGUUGCAGCAGAUCUCGCAGCCUUGGAAGAGGGGCAUCGAAGGCUCCAAGAGCGCCAUGCAGCCUACUCGUUGUGCUGUAAAUGGGAUGUGCUGAUCGACACUCUUCGUUCCAUCAAUGCUGAAUGGAGUAAGCGGUGGACUGAGAUGAAUCAAAACGAUGGAGUCCAAGAAUUCAGUGCCAUCAGUUCUUCAAUGGCCGAUCUCAAGAAUCUUGUACACAACACGAGCUUGCCGAAUGUCAGCCAAUGUCUUCUCCCUCCGAUGAAAAUCCCACAUGAGCAAGAUUCGGAGUCUAAGAAGCACUUACAGAAUACUGACAGUGUUCCUAAGGACCAAAACCCAUCUUCGGAAGUGCAGUGUGUGCAAGACAAAUGUGACAGCUUCACUAGUCACAUCGCCAGACAUUCAUCGAUAAGCGACGAAGAUCAGAGCAAAACAUCUAUUCUUACUUUAUGCAGACUCGCAGAGAUUUUCCUUCCAUCAUCGUAA